GAGGGUUGAGCAACUCGGGGGCUGAAGCACCGAGGUUCCAGCUUCCAACUUUCAAGGUAGAAAGAAUUCUCAUGUCGUGGCUGCUGAAGAGACAUCCUUUCAUAGUGCAAUGCCUUAAAAACUUGGAUUUUUCAUGAGCUCACCGUUUACUACACCUCAUCCGCUCAUCGUCCCCUAAACGUGGGACUCAAAUAGAAGUGCACUGGUCUCCACACAGAGGCGGCAAAUCACAAGUUGCCACGCCUCUACGAUUUCAUACGGCCAAUCUCAUUCGAACACAGCCACUUCUCUCUUCCUUCUCAUUAUUCAUCUUUCGAGGAUCUGCAAUUCUCACUACUUUUUCCUGUUCCCUCAAUUCGCAUUGCUCUCUUCCUUUCUCUCUUUAGCCAUGGCGGACUCAAUUCAGUCGCCUACAUCUUCUUCAUUGCCGUCUGCAUCCAGAGACACCAGCACUCUCAUUCGUCCAAGGCGCGAGCCCUUCGAGCAUGGCCUCUUACCCCUGCCAAAGCUCAUAUUCUCCGAUCCUACGCAAACCCUAAUCCCCUUGAAGCAGAAGCUCCUUGAGUUAUCCUCUAAUCAAAGGGUCAAUUCAGCGGCCAUUUCCGAGGCUUUACAGAUCUCCCCUGAACAUGCAAGACUCGUUCUUGAUACUCUCGCCUCGGUUCUACACCACGAGUCCGAACCUCUAGCUACGGCCAAGCCGGAAGAAAUUGACUCCUUUGGUGCUGAUGUCUAUGAUCUGGUUUUGUUCUUGUACAUUCAAUCUUACAAGAAGCUCCUGCCUAGGACGCACAAGGACUCUGCCGCCGUGGCUGACGUUUGGCCCUCCACUUCGGCCUUUGAUGGUUAUCUCUCUGCUCUCUCGCCCUUGCAGCUAGUGCGCAGCAACAGUCGGCGGUUUAUGCCAUCACAGGCUGAUGAGGAGGCUCAUCAAUUAUCAUAUUUGCAAAAGCACAUGGCUAACAUUCUAUCUCUUCUAUCAGAGCCUGUGGUGGGGGAUGACGAAGAAUCUUUGGUCUUAACUAUGGAUAGAUUUGAGCACCUUGGCUUUCUUAUUCAGUUUGGUGAUAAGGGAUUUGAUGGAAAUUCAUUGAGUCAAGCAUCUCCUUUCUUCGCGAACUCUGAUCCUGACAUGCCUGCUGUUCCUGUUCCUGCUGCGCAAGUUCAUGAUUGGCUUGCUCAAAGCAUAGCUUCUGCUUUGGAGCAUAUCUCUGAACCGGUUUCUUCAAAGGAAAAUGGGCCAGGCAAUGCGUCUGAUCAAGACAUUGUUAUGGUGGAGGCAUGCACUAACUCAGUUAAUGUCCCGGCAAGCACUAGAAGCCCAUAUUUCAUUGAAGGGAUCUCUAAAUCUUCAUAUGUGAAGCUUUCGUCUGACAUCAAAGGUUCCUCUGUUAAGGUUCUAAACUGUCAUGAGUCUACCAUCUACAUCUUAGCACCCCUGAGAUAUGCUACUGUCUAUGGAUGUUCUGAUGCUACUAUAGUUCUAGGAGCAGUUGGCAAGGCUGUAAGAGUUGAACACUGUGAACGAGUUCAUGUAAUUGUGGCAGCAAAACAUAUUUGUAUUGCUAACUGCCGUGAGUGUGUUUUCUUUCUGGGAGUGAACCAGCAACCUCUCAUUGUUGGUGAUAACCAUAAACUGCAGGUGGCACCAUAUAAUACAUUUUACUCCCAGCUGGAGGAGCACAUGACUGAAGUUGGGAUUGUACCCACAGUAAACAGAUGGGACGAACCUCUAGCAUUGGGCAUGGUCGAUCCUCAUGAUUCAUUAUCUCAUCCGGCGGGUGUCUCUGAUGUCCAAGCUGAGUCUGCUGUACGGGUGGAUCCUGAUCAAUUCACAAAUUUUAUGAUCCCGAACUGGCUUGGGGGCGAACAUACUGGAUCUACAAACGACAAUCCAUUCAAACUACCAGAGGCCUACAUUGCAUCACAGCAUAGAAAUCAAAAGAAUUUGGAGGAGAUAAAACAACUCUUGCGGGAAGCGCCCUUGGAAGAAAGUCGAAAACGGGAAUUGUCAUCUGCACUUCAUGUAUACUUCAAGGACUGGUUAUACGCUUCAGGAAACAUUCGUCAACUUUACUGUCUACAAGGUGAUUGAUGUUUGUCUGACAUUGUUACGGCAGAGGCAGAGUUAUUGAGGGAACAGGACAGUACGAAGGUUUCCGGUAUUCUUUUUGAACUUCCUCCGGCCAAUUCUAUUGGCUCCGCAGCUAGCUGAAAUCAGAUGAAUUGAAUUAAUGCUCACUUACUUAUGUGGUGACAUCGCCAGUGCACAGAAUGGAAUUUAAAUUACAGUUGCUAAUCUGAGUUGUAUUUUUUUUUUUUGCUAGUGAAAAUAAUUACUGUAAUAUUUUGUCAGCCUAAAUUAAGUGGCCUCGUUUAAAAUUUCAUUGCCUACAGUGCCAACGUCCACUGUACUGAUUCGUUUUUUUUUUUAACCUUUGACUUCUAUUGAAGUCAACUUCACAGGAAUUUCUUGUGACCCCCUUAUCCCCCACCAAAAAAUAAAUAAAUUAUGUCAGUUCAUUGAAAA